UUGCUGGCUGUGGUAGAGACUUGUCGGAUUCUGGCAGUAAAGGGAACACCGGGGAGAAGGGGGCUGCAGGCUGGAUUUUCACCCUCAGUCUGUUGUCUGGAGUCUCUCUCUCUCUCUCCACUCGCCCCACUCCCCGCUGUGAGUCCUGUCUCAAAGGACUGUCCGAGAGACCCGAUGGUGAAGGCCUGGGCUGCAGUGACCAUGGACUGAGCCUCAUUUGGGAGCCAUGUUGUUUGAGGAAGGGGAGAUGAAAAUUGGGGACUGGCUCCGCGUUAUCCACCUGGAGCAGUACACGAACCAGUUUAUGGAUAAUCGGUAUCGGCAGGUGUCUGACUGCUGGGCUCUUAGCAAUGACGAUCUCUUCCGAAUUGGAAUCUUCCUUCCUGGUCACCGCAAGAGAAUUCUGACUGCUCUGAACAAGGUUCGCCUGGGCACUCUGACCCCUGACCCCCCAUACCAGGAGGCCCUGAACCCUGACCUCCCGUACCAGGCGGCCCUGACCCCUGACCUCCCUGUAGUGCCGCCACAGAAGCCAAUCCCCAAGAAGAGGAAUGUCUAUCCUGGUGAUCGGCGACCAGUCCCGGCCUCUCAGCCCCCAUUGGACAAGGCCCUGCCCCCCAUUCCUCCCAGACAGACUCCAGGCCGCCCCCCUGAGAGAGUGGUGCCUGUGCCCCGUCCCCGCAGCUCCCCCAAGACCCCCCUGAAACCCCCCAGCUCACCCCCUCCCCAGGUGCCGCUGAGUGAGAUGCCUCGGCGGGAUCUUGCUGUGCUUCUGCCGCGACAGGAUGGGCCCGGGCCUGGACUGAACAACGCACUCCUGCCGCCGCUUCUCAUGCGGUCCCCGCUCCACAAUCCAGCCCCUGCCCUCGACUUCAGUGGUGUGGACAGUGUGAACGUGAAUGAGUGUCGGACGGACCUCAAGUCCCCUCCGGUUCCUGCACGAGCUCAGCCCUUGGCAAUCGCACAGUGCGGCAUUGACUGCAAUCUGCCAGCACUCCCUGACCUCCCGGUCUGUAAUUCCCAGCCUGUGGAGCAGUCGCGAUGUGAGUCACUUCCCAACAGCAGCAUCUUCUUCCCGCUCGGAAUGGGGGACAAGGACAGCUCCUGCCGGACUCCCUGUUCGGACGUGACUGACCCCGAGCAGAGCAGUACCGGCGAGAGCCCGAGCAGUUUCUUCAGUGAUGACGACAAUGCCGAGGAUUACGACAUGAUGUUAAGCAACACCCCCGGCUCCACCUCUGACGAUCUGAGUGUGUCUGGAUUGCGAGUGGACAGUGGCCUGGCCUCUCAGGGCAAUGUGUAUGAGGGGCAGGAGCAGCUGGGCCUAAAACAGGGCCUCAACACCAGCCAGCUGUGCCCCCUCAUCAAAGCGGGUUGGUUAGACAAGAACCCCCCGCAAGGCUCCUACAUUUACCAACGACGCUUUGUCAGGCUGGAUCCUGACUAUUUGAGAUACUUUGAGAAUGACAAGGAAGUUUAUUCCAAACGUGUCAUCUCCAUCAAAUCCAUCACCCGGGUUUUAUCCGUCGGGGAUCAGAAGUUUGAGGUUAUCACUUCCAACCGCACCUUUGUUUUCCGGGCGGAUAGUGACGGAGAGAGGAAUGAAUGGGUGAGGCUGAUCCAGCAAACAGUGGAGGAGAAGAGGCAGCACAGCGAGCACAUGCAGGAUGCUCGCAUGUCCGAUUGCUUCUUCCGGGAUAGUGUCUCGGAUGUGGGCGAGAAAUCCGGUUACUUGGAGAUUCGCACGUGUCGGAAUAAAGUCUAUGUGUCCAUUCAUGGGAACAAGGUGUGGCUGUACAAGAACGAAGAGGAUUACAGACUGGGGAUCGGUGUUACCUCAGUGGAGAUGAACGUUGCGACAGUGAAGGAUGCUGACAGACGAGGCUUUGACCUCACCACACCGUAUAAAACCUUCAGCUUCAUCGCGGAGACAGACAACGAGAAGGAGGAGUGGGUGGAGGCGCUACGCGAAUCCAUAGCUGAGGCUCUGUCCAACUACGAGGUAGCAGAGCAGAUUUGGGCAGUGGAAUCGAACUUGCACUGCGCUGACUGCGGAACGCCCAAACCAGAGUGGGCCUCCAUCAACCUCUGCCUGGUCAUCUGCAAGAAGUGUGCAGGGGAGCACCGAGCAUUGGGUCCCGGCAUUUCGAAAAUACGGAGUCUGAAAAUGGACAAGAAAGUUUGGACUGACCAGAUGAUUAAGAUGUUUCAAUGUGUCAAUAAUUGGAAAGCCAAUCAGUUCUGGGCAGCGAAUGUGCCCCCCAGCGAGGCCAUCAAUGAGACAAGCAGCAGCAUGGAGCGCAGGCGGUUCAUCGGUGCCAAGUACCGGCAGGGGAAAUACCGGAAAUACCACCCGCUGUUCGGAAACCAAGAGGAGCUCAACAAGGCUCUGUGUGCUGCGGUGGUUACCAGUGACCUGGAGGAGACCAUGUCCCUGGUGUUCUGUGGGGCCGAUGUGAGCUGUUUCUCUGGGGACCCUGACCUCCCAUCUCCAGUUGACCUGGCCCAGCAAGCAGGCCAGGCUCUCCAGGUGGAAUUCCUCAAUCGGAACAAAAACGCAGAGACUCCGCGUUUAGAGUUGGGAUAUUUCGAUAGGCAGUAUUACGUAGCCCCUCCAUCCAUCACACACAACGGCUACCUCUACAAGACAGCAUCCAUGGGUAAACCAAUCACAGAGAAGAAAUCCAGAGAAGAGUUCAGCAAGCGAUGGUGUGUCCUGGAUAACGGGUUACUGAGUUACUACGAGAGUGACAGGAACUCCACGCCCAAUGGGACCAUUGAGAUGCGGGACGUUGUGUGUCUCAGUAUCAAUAGUCCAGCGGCACACGGGUUCGAACACACAUUUGAGGUGUUCACAGAUUCUGAACGUCUGUUCAUGUUCGGGACAGACAACGCACAGUCCAACAAAGCCUGGGUCAAAUCCAUUGCCAAGUCCUUCCUCCCGGCUGGGAUUGACCUCCUGAACCACGAGUUUGAGCGGAUCGGGCGUUUACAAUACAAGGACGGUCUGAAUCUGGAGCAGGUGAAGGUGGGCUGGUUUGCGCUGGUGAGCUCCACGCUCUACGUCUGGUUCCAGGAUUCCGACAAAGAGGAGGCCAUUAACCUGAGGAAGCUACAGGAGUUGUCGGAGCAGCCUGACCACGAUGUCCUGGUGCUGGUGGAGAAGAGACGGACCCUGUACAUUCAGGCAGAGAGGAAGCUGGACUUUAUCGGCUGGAACAGUUUGAUCCAGCGAGCCGCGGCCAGUGCGGGCAACACUCUGUCUGAGCAGCAACUCACCGAUGAGGACAUCCCUGUCAUUGUCGACCGAUGCAUUGCCUACGUCACCCAGUACGGUUUGACCUCCGAGGGGAUUUACAGGAAGAGUGGACAGAAGUCGAAGACCACCAGCCUGCUGGAGAUGUUCUUGAAGGACGCUCGCAGCGUGCGGCUGAGGGAAGGGGAGCAUCAGGUCGAUGAUGUCUCCAACACUCUGAAACGGUUAUUCAGGGAGAGUAUCGGAGAGAGCGUUUUCACCGACCAGAUCUACCAGGACUGGCUGCACGCUUCGAUGAUUCCUGAAGAGAAACAGAAGAUCCUGCAAUAUCAGAAGCUGUUCAUGUGUCUACCCAAAGUCAACCGGGCCACGCUGAAAGCCUUGAUCAACCACCUGUACUGUGUCCAGAGGCUGUCAGACAAGAACCAAAUGACAGUGCACAACCUGGCCAUUGUGUUUGGGCCAACACUGUUCCAGAUGGAUGGACAGGACAACAAGGCUGGCCGUGUGGUGGAGGAUCUCAUUAAUCACUUCAUUGACCUCUUCAACGUGGAUGAACAGCAGAUUAAGAAGCAACUUGAUGAAAUUGUCAGCAUCAUUAAACUGAGGGAUGCGUGCCUGGUCCAAUCCAGCCAGAACGCGGGAGACUUCAUCUGCACGGUGUAUUUGGAGGAGAAGAAACCAGAGUGUGAGCUGAGCUUGAAGCAACACCAGCUGGUAGUUAUGGUAACCGCCUGCAUUGGUCAAAUCGAGGAGUUCACAACUUCAUCACGCAUUGAAGGGACCACAUCACGAGAAGAUCACCGUAGCAACACUCCCAGGUAG